AUGGGGGCGCCUGCCUGCAGGGCCAAAACGCCCUGGAUGCAUGUGCAGAAGCUCCUGACCUCCUGGCUGGCCAGAGAGCAGGACUGGGACCAGCACCUGGACGAGGUGCACAUGCUCCAGCAGAAGAGGAUCCGAGACUCCCCACUGCUGCGGGCGGCCCAGGAAAACAACCUGUGCAUGCUGAAGGAACUUCUGCUGGACCAAAUCUGUGACUUCCAGCAAAGAGGGGCCCUGGGGGAGACGGCGCUGCAUGUGGCUGCCCUCUACGACAACCUGGAGGCCGCAGUGCUGCUGAUGGACACCGCCCCACAGCUGGUCAGGGAGUCCGUCUCCUGCGAGCCCUUUGUUGGUCAGACGGCCCUGCACAUCGCCAUCGUCAACCAGAACGUGAACUUGGUGCGCGCCCUGCUCGCCCGCGGCGCCAGCGUCUCGGCCAGGGCCACGGGCACCGCCUUCCAGCUCAGCCCGCGCAACCUCAUCUACUUCGGGGAGCACCCCUUGUCCUUCGCCGCCUGCGUGGGCAGCGAGGAGAUCGUGAGGCUGCUCCUGGAGCACGGCGCCGACCUCCGCGCCCAGGACGCGCUGGGCAACACGGUGCUGCACAUCCUCACCCUGCAGCCCAACAAGACGUUCGCCUGCCAGAUGUACAACCUGCUGCUGUCCUACGACGGGCUGGGCGGCCAGCUGCAGUCCCUGGACCUCGUGCCCAACCACCAAGGCCUCACCCCCUUCAAGCUGGCGGGCGUGGAGGGCAACACGGUGAUGUUCCAGCACUUGGUGCAGAAGCGGAAGCACAUCCAGUGGACAUACGGGCCGCUGACCUCCACCCUGUAUGACCUCACGGAGAUCGACUCCUGGGGAGAGGAGGUGUCUUUUCUGGAACUUGUGGUUUCCUCCAAGAAGCGGGAGGCACGGCGGAUCCUGGAACAGACGCCAGUGAAGCAGCUGGUGAGCUUCAAGUGGAACAAAUACGGGCGGCCCUACUUCUGUGUGCUGGGCGCCUUGUAUGUGCUCUACAUGUUCUGCUUCACGAUGUGUUGCGUCUACCGCCCCCUCAAGUUCCGGAAUGUCACUCGCACCGAUGCCAGAGACAUCACCAUCCUCCAGCAGAAGCCCCUGCAUGAAGCCUAUGUGACUUAUGAGGAUAAAUUCCGGCUGGUGGGGGAGCUGGUGACCAUCAUUGGGGCCAUGAUCAUCCUGCUUUUAGAGAUCCCAGACAUCUUCAGGGUGGGUGCCUCUCGCUACUUUGGACACACAGUCCUCGGAGGGCCAUUCCAUGUCAUCAUCAUCACCUACGCUUUCCUCGUGCUGGUGACCAUGGUGAUGCGACUCUCCAACAUGGAUGGCGAGGUGGUGCCCAUGUCCAUCGCCCUGGUGCUGGGCUGGUGCAGUGUGAUGUACUUUGCUCGAGGAUUCCAGAUGCUGGGACCCUUCACCAUCAUGAUCCAGAAGAUGAUUUUUGGAGACUUAAUGCGCUUCUGCUGGCUGAUGGCAGUGGUUAUCUUGGGCUUUGCUUCAGCGUUCUAUAUCAUCUUCCAGACAGAGAACCCCAACAACCUGGGUCAUUUCUACGACUACCCCAUGUCCCUGUUCAGCACCUUUGAGCUGUUCCUCACCAUCAUCGACGGGCCGGCCAACUACGACGUGAACUUGCCCUUCAUGUAUGGCAUUGUCUACUUCGCCUUCGCCAUCAUCGCCACGCUGCUCAUGCUCAAUCUGUUCAUCGCCAUGAUGGGCGACACGCACUGGCGCGUGGCUCACGAGCAGGAUGAGCUCUGGAGGGCACAGGUAGUGGCCACUACCGUGAUGCUGGAGCGGAAGCUACCCCGUUUCCUGUGGCCUCGUUCGGGGAUCUGUGGGUUCGAGUAUGGCCUGGGGGACCGCUGGUUCCUGCGAGUCGAGAAUCACCAUGAUCAAAAUUCUCUGCGAGUGCUUCGCUAUGUGGAAGCGUUCAAGAACUCAGAUAAGGAGGAGGGAGAAGAGCGUCUUUCUGAGAAACAGCCCUUUGUGGUAGAAAAUGAGACUCUCACCAGACCCUUCACGGCCCUCCCGACUCCCUCCGUGUCCCGGACCACCUCCCGCAGCAGUAGCAGUCACAGGGGCUGGGACAUCCUUCGGCGUAACACGCUGGGGCACUUGAAUCUUGGACUGGACCUUGGUGAGGCAGAUGGAGAGGAGAAAGUCUACCAUCUAUGA